GCCUCCCGCACUUCACCUUUGACAUCUUCCUCAACCCGCAAAGAUGUUUUUCUUCGGUCUUGGGAAGCUGUUUUAUGUCAUCGUCCUCAUCAUCAAUGCCAUCGCCGUCCUCUCCGAGGACCGCUUCCUAGCUCGCGUCGGAUGGGGUCGCACACAAGCCGAGCCGGGCUUCGGCGCGACAUACGAUAGCACAAGCGUGAAGGCCAAGUCCGUCAACCUGAUCGCCAGUGUGCGGACCGUGAUGCGGAUACCCCUUAUCGUCAUCAACACGGUCAUCAUUGUCUACGAGCUGAUUCUUGGUUAAAUUCGCUUCUUCGCCAUUUCCCCCACGCGUCGAGCUCCCUCAUGGAUCCGUUGCCACCCAGCUGCAUAGCUACAUACCCUGCUGCCCGCCAACCUACAUAGCUUUCACUACGAUUUGCGCUGUGACCUCCCCUCCGACGAGCCAUUCAGAAUCAGACACCUCUAUAUCAUUAAUGACGCCUAAGCGAGAAACGCGGCAUGAUCUACACGAGCAAGGAGCAUACUGGGGGCAGAGGGUAGUACUGGGUUAUGUGUAAAAGAAACCGGAACACCGCUGCCGGGUGUCUACUUUAUGGUGCGCUGGGUGAAGGCGUUGCUUGAGGGUGACAGGAAUAGUGGUGGCGUGCAGUGAAUAGCCCAUCUUCCUCUCCGCGAGUUCGUUUUGAUUACUUCUGGCCUGUACCUAUAUACCCACCAAAAUGCUAGAACCGCUAUGGACAC